AUGUCCUUUUGUGCAUUUUCUGGUAACUUAAUCCAGUCAGAUUCUAUAAUUGUGACCACGUUGGGUGACAGUGUGACCUUCACUUGCCUCUGCCCAAAAAGUUUCAUCUCCCUUAAGUGGUUUAAGCAAACUAUGGGACAAAAACCCAUUUUGAUGGUAUCCUAUUACUCCACAAACGCGACAUUUCCUCAUGAAAACUUUAACGAUGACUUCAAAGUCACCAACCGUAUGAGUGUGAAAAAAGAAUUGGAUAGUUGUAAUUUGACUAUCUUCAAGACACAGCCUGGAGACUCAGCAACAUACUACUGUUCUGCUGUAAGAUCAAACACGAUUCAUUUUGGAAAUGGGACUUUUUUAAUUCUCAAAGGUUCAGGUUCCAAUACCAAAGAAGUUGUCCAGCAGCCAGUGUCUGAGUCCAUCCAGACAGGAGACUCUGUUACUCUGAACUGUACAAUACACACUGAGUCCGGUGCAGGAGAACACAGUGUCUAUUGGUUCAGACAGGGCUCAGGAGAAUCCCGUCCAGGAAUCCUUUACACCCAUGGAGGCAGGAGUGAUCAGUGUGAGAAGAGCCCUGAGGCUGGGUCUCCUACACAGAGCUGUGUCUACAACCUCCCCAAGAGGAACCUCAGCCUCUCUGAUGCUGGGACUUACUACUGUGCUGUGGCCUCAUGUGGAGAGAUACUGUUUGGAAAUGGGACCAUGCUGGAUAUUCAAGAGGGGCCAGACACGUCCGAUUGCCAAACAGAGUACAGGACUGCCUCUGUCAGCAGAGCAAAUGAACAGGUCAGUGAUGAUGUUAACCUGAACUAUUCCACUUUAAAGUUCACUGACAAGAAGAAAACCAAGCCCAGGAGACAGAGACAACACAGUCUACACUGA